UAGAAAUAAAUGAUUCCCUAUUACUUUUUUCUUAAUAUACUCACCGAGCCUUUCUGUCACAUAGCAAUUCUUUCAUUCUAGUUCCCCUGGAAAGUGAGGGAUUUGAUAGCCUUGUUCUCUGAUACACCUUCUAAAGAUGCAAAGUUGCAUUAAAGGAAAACUUUGCUGCUGUGAACAGAGCUUGUUAAGAUGAAGCUCACUGGAAUCGUCUGCAUCCAGGAGCGCUAUGGAGCAAUUUUCAACAUGGAGGAGAAGCUGUUACAUGUGUCUGGUAAUAGAAGACAGUAUUUCACUGACAGAAAACUUAUACAGAGUGGGGUAGCAACACCCUGGCGCCAAACCUCUAACUCUGGAGUGAACAGAAACGCUGGAGCACGGAAUGAAAAAAGUAUGAGAGCAGUAGUGACAGGAGGCGGAGGCUACUUUGGAUACAAGCUGGGAUGUGCUCUUGCCAGUGCAGGAGCUUCUGUUGUUCUGUAUGACAUACACAAGCCUAUCUGGAAAAUUCCCAGUGGAGUAGUGUGUAUCCAGGCAGAUGUCAGGGAUUACGAUGCCAUAUCUGCAGCCUGUGAAGGGGCUGACUGUGUGUUUCAUGUAGCUUCAUAUGGAAUGUCAGGAAGAGAGCAAUUGCACAGAGAAGAAAUUGAAACUGUAAAUGUUCAUGGAACAAGAUUCAUCAUUGAUGCCUGCAAGCAAAGGAACAUUGCUAGACUGAUAUACACCAGUACAGUAAACGUGGUCUUUGGAGGGCUUCCGAUUGAAGAUGGUGAUGAGGAAACCGUGCCAUAUUUUCCAAUUGAAAAGCAUGUUGAUCAUUAUUCCAGAACCAAAUCAAUUGCAGAACAAAUGGUACUAGCAGCUAAUGGAACGCCACUAGCAGGAGGUGGAAUGCUCUAUACAUGUGUUCUUCGCCCACCAGGAAUCUAUGGACCAGAAGAGCAAAGACACUUGCCAAGGCUUGCAAAGAAUAUUGAGAGAGGGCUACUUAGCUUCAAGUUUGGGGAUCCUUCUGCUAAAAUGAACUGGGUGCAUGCAGAGAAUCUUGUACAAGCCCAAAUUCUAGCUGCUGAAGCUCUCACCCCUGAAAAGAACUACAUAGCUAGCGGCCAGGUGUAUUUCAUCAAUGAUGGCGAAAAAUUCAACCUUUUUGAAUGGUUAACUCCACUUUUUGAAAGAUUAGGUUGCAGUAAACCAUGGAUACGUAUUCCUACUUCCUUAGUUUAUGCAUCAGCCAUGAUAAUGGAAUACCUUCAUCUGAUGCUGAAACCAUUUGUUGAACUGUCUCCACUGCUGACCAGAAAUGAGGUACAGAACAUUUCUAUAACUCAUACAUUUCGAAUAGACAAGGCACGAAGUCAGCUGGGGUACAGCCCAGAGAAGUUUGCAUUUGCUGAUUCUGUGGACCAUUACAUUAAAACCAGACCAGAAGUCCAGAAUCAUCACAUCUUCCUCAAAGUUUUGCUUUCUUUAAUUGUUAGUUUAAGUUUGAUCUUUCUUUCUUUAAGAUUUGAUGGCCUUUCAGUUCUGCAUUUUUUUAAAGAAACACAACACUGACUUUCAUAAAGUGCAUUUACUCAGUACUGCUACCUGGCUCAUUCUAAUCUCCACAACAGUUAACGACCCCAAUGCAAUAAACAGGGAGUUAUUCUUAGAUUUAAAAACAAAGCUGUAACAUCAGUAGCUGUAUUUGAGAAUUAAAAUACAGUAAACAAUUACAGCCAAAUCACUGAAACACACUGGAGUCAAGACUAUUGCAUCAUUUAUUUCAUACCAAA